AUCAAACAAGUUUACAUUUUUAUGCCCAACGAAAAAGUAAACAAUUCUUCCCAGAACUAAACCUUUCGUGAAACCCAAGAGACAAGAUAAUCGUUAAUCCACAAAACUCACCAAUGGCGUUCUCUGCAAACCCUUUCUCGCUGAGCGUACCAGACCCAGCUUUCGAGUCAUGGCUCCGAGACUCCGGCUAUCUCGAGCUCUUCGACCACCGUACCUCCGCCGCCGCAGCCACCUCGGCCUCCGACGACGCCGUUUCCACCAUCACGGGCGGCUUCUCCGCCUCUCUCUUGUCGCGGUUCGCCACUCUCUUCUCCCUUCUCGCAAUCAACCCCUUCUCGAAGCUCGCGCCCGAUGACUUCGCCGGAGAUACGCCGCUGUGGACCACCGGAUUCUUGGGCUCCGUCGACUCUUACUCGUUCCCGUCGUCAUCACAGCAGGCGAGGAUGAGAAUCCAUGAGAACAUCAAGCGGUUCGCCAGGAAUUACGCCAUGCUUUUAAUCGUCUUCUUCGCUUGCGCUCUGUAUCAAAUGCCAGUUGCACUGGCAGGGUUGUUGGCAAGUUUGGCCCUUUGGGAACUGUUCAAAUUCUGCAGUGACAAGUGGGAGUUUGAUCGCUACCCUGCGAUUCGCCAGUUUCUGAUUCGUGUUGCUCAGUGUGCAACCGUUGUUCUUCUGACGUUGUUGAAUGUUCAAAUGGCUCUUUUCUAUGGAUUUGCAAUCAGUUAUGGAGUUAUGAUAUUGCACGCUGCGUUCAGGAAGCUCUCCCCUUCCAUGAAACCAUCUGGACAGAGAUAAAGCUUCAAAGCAUGGCUUACGCAUUUCAAUGGCGAAAGCUUUUGGAUUCGGUUUUGAAUCAGAUCCUUCGUUUUUUUUUUUUCUUUUUUUUGACGAACAAUAAUAACGCUUGGAGGAUGUCUACGUUACUACGUAUCCGAGUGGAUUGCAUUUGCAUGUGUGUUUA